AUGAGAUUCACUUCGCAUCGCAGUUUCUUGUGUCUCAUGAUGUCGGAUCAGAUGUGGCAACAGCCACGUUGGUGGAGUGUUAUGAGUAUCAACCCUGCAGUGUUCGAUGGUCGGCGGCGCGGCUCGCGGCUACCGGCGGCGCAGGAGUCGAUGCGCGAUAUGCAAAUCUCGGCUACCGUAUUGACCGCGCCAUUGUUCGUGCCGCCGCCUCUCUUUUAUUUCGCGUGGUCGCCGCGGCCGCCUCAUACGCAUGUAACUUAUGGCUCCUACAGGCGCGCGCGCACCCACCCUUUUGUUCAAUAA